ACAGCCUCUGGGAUCCCCGUGGGGUAACGAGUGUCCUGCAGGCGCGGAGGACGCCGUGGCCCCCCGCUCUCAGUGCCCCACCAGGCCAGGCUCACCCGGCUCCCUCCACCCACCGCCUGUCAGGUCGGCUGCCAGCCCCGAGCCCCCCACCAGCCACGGCCAUGAGCUCCCCCAGGAAGGAGCACCUCGGCGCCAGCAGCUCGGAGCCCCUCGCGGUCAUCGUCAUCGGUAACGGCCCCUCCGGCAUCUGCCUGUCCUACCUGCUCUCGGGCUACACGCCCUACGUGAGGCCGGAUGCCGUCCACCCGCACCCCCUGCUGCAGAGGAAGCUCACCGAGGCCCCGGGGGUCUCCAUCCUGGACCAGGACCUGGAUUACCUAUCCGAAGGCCUCGAAGGCCGGUGCCAAAGCCCCGUGGCCCUGCUCUUCGAUGCCCUCCUGCGCCCAGACACAGACUUCGGGGGAGACUUGCAGUCCGUCCUCACCUGGAAGCAGCAGAAGGAGCGAGCCAUCCCCCACAUGGUCCUGGGCCGGAACCUUCCAGGGGGAGCCUGGCAUUCCAUCGAAGGCUCCAUGGUGACCCUGAGCCAAGGAGAGUGGAUGGGGCUCCCGGACCUGCAGGUCAAGGACUGGAUGCAGAAGAAGCGAAGAGGUCUUCGCAACAGCCGGGCCACGGCUGGGGACAUCGCCCACUACUACAGGGACUACGUGACCAAGAAGGGUCUGGGCCACAACUUCGUGUCUGGCGCCGUGGUCACGGCCGUGGCAUGGGGGACGCCGGAGCCCAGCGGCUCUGGGGCCCAGGCUCCCAGCCCCCUCUUCCAGGUGACCGGCGUCCUGACCGCCAAGGACCAGAGCCAGCAGCCCUUCUCGCUGUGGGCCCGCAACGUGGUCCUGGCCACGGGCACGUUUGACAGCCCGGCCCGGCUGGGCGUCCCCGGGGAGGCCCUGCCCUUCGUCCACCACGAGCUGUCGGCCCUGGAGGCGGCCACCCGGGGGGGCGUGGUGACGCCGGCCUCGGACCCGGUCCUCAUCGUCGGCGCGGGGCUGUCGGCGGCCGACGCGGUCCUCUACGCCCGCCACUACAACAUCCCCGUGAUCCACGCCUUCCGCCGGCCCGUGGACGACCCCGGCCUGGUGUUCAACCAGCUGCCCAAGAUGCUGUACCCCGAGUACCACAAGGUGCACCAGAUGAUGCGGGAGCAGUCCAUCCUGUCGCCCAGCCCCUACGAGGGCUACCGCAGCCUGCCCGGGCACCGGCUGCUGCUCUUCAAGGACGACCGCCAGGCCGUGUUCCGGGACCCCCAGGGCGUCGAGAAGGUCUUCGGUGUUUCCCUGGUGCUGGUCCUCAUCGGCUCCCACCCCGACCUCUCCUUCCUCCCCGGGGCAGGCGCUGACCUGGCCGUGGACCCCAACCAGCCUCUGAGUGCCAAGAGGAACCCCGUUGACGUGGACCCCUUCACCUACCAGACCACCCGCCAGGAGGGCCUGUACGCCAUGGGGCCGCUGGCCGGGGACAACUUUGUGAGGUUCGUGCAGGGCGGGGCCCUGGCCGUGGCCAGCUCCCUGCUGAGGAAGGAGACCCGGAAGCCACCCUAGCAUCGGCCUGACACGCUGACACCCAGGCCCUGAAGAGGAGGGGAGACCACCACAGCCCUGCUGGACUCAGGGCCCGGCCGAAGGUGCCCCGGCCAGGGGAGGGGCCUCUCCUGGCAGGAGACGGGAGGGGCUGUGAGCCACGCAACAGCCUUUCGGGUCCAGAGGAACGGGGAGCCCAGGAUGCCCGGACUCAGACCAUUGCCUGAGGGAGGACGGUGACCACAGGCCAGGACAGGCCUCGACCUAGGAUUUGGGGGAAGCUGCCAGUGUGAGCCGGCAGGAGGACUCCAGGCACGGCCCUUCAGCAGUUCCCAAAUAAAACCAGUGCCUGCCUCCA